GUGCAGCUCUUUUGUUUCACUCUCUCUCUCUCUCUCUCUGUCUCAACCUCUCAAACUUCUCGCUCGUGUUUCUCGACGCGUAAAAACUUUGGUGAGCACUCUUCCUCCCUCUCUCCCCUCUUCUCCCUCCUUUUCUUUGCGUGCGUAAUUAGCCUUUGGAGAGCUUUUGGAAACUUGUGAUGGCUGUGAAGAAGUCUCACUUUAUUUCUGACACCUGUUGCUGAGGACACAGGCGUACACAGCGAGGAGUGCGUUUGUCUCCACAUUUCUGCGUGACAACUUUGGAGUUUUUUCGAGCACUGUCAGCUCCUCUGCUCGCUGGAGGCAGCGUUAUACUUUGAUACUUUCCCAUAAAACCGCCUUUUUGGACUCAAAGCAGGACUUGUCGUGUUUUCUCUCUGACAGGACAUUUGAGGUUUGCAUCUGUGUUACACAGUGGGAUCACUGCAGCAGCCUGGUCUGGGACGUACCUGGAGGUUUCCCCCCUUCUCCAUAUAAUCAUCGUAUGCAGGAUCCAAGCCGGGAAAGAGGCACGUUUUUCGGUCUUGAGCGCGUCGGAUGGUGGGAGGAGGAACUUUUGUUACAUAGCAGAGCAACAGCAAGGACCCAGCAGAGCACUUUCUCCAGCUUUUUUGUGGCGUUGACGCGGCGGAUCAUGGACACCAGGCCUGUCCGGAGAAGGAGAACCGGUGCUGUGCAACAUCUGCUGCUGGCAGCCGCUUUCCUCGCCUGCAGCUCCCAGCUGCUGCUGGUGGAUGCAAACUCGUGGUGGUCACUAGCACUGACCCCGAUCCAGCGGCCGGAGAUGUACAUCAUCGGAGCUCAGCCUCUCUGCAGUCAGCUGUCUGGGCUCUCCCAGGGCCAGAGGAAGCUUUGCCAGCUCUACCAGGACCACAUGAUCUACAUCGGAGAUGGAGCCAAGACAGGCAUCAAGGAGUGCCAGUAUCAGUUCAGACAGAGGAGGUGGAACUGCAGUACGGUGGACAACACGUCUGUGUUUGGACGGGUCAUGCAGAUAGGCUCCAGAGAAACAGCCUUCACGUACUCCAUCAGCGCCGCCGGUGUGGUCAAUGCCAUCAGCCGAGCGUGCCGUGAGGGCGAGCUCUCCACCUGUGGCUGCAGCCGAGCCGCCCGGCCUCGUGACCUGCCGCGUGAUUGGCUGUGGGGAGGCUGCGGCGACAACGUGCACUACGGCUACCGAUUUGCCCGGGAGUUUGUGGACGCCAGGGAGAGGGAGAAGAAUUACCCACGAGGCUCUCCUGAGCAUGCUCGCACUCUGAUGAACCUGCAGAAUAAUGAAGCAGGGAGACAGGCGGUGUACAACCUGGCAAAUGUGGCCUGUAAGUGUCAUGGCGUCUCGGGUUCCUGCAGCCUGAAGACCUGUUGGCUCCAGCUGGCCGACUUCAGACGUGUCGGGGAGUUCUUGAAAGAAAAGUACGACAGUGCGGCAGCAAUGCGUAUUGGACGCAAGGGAAAGCUGGAGCAGGUAGACAAGCGCUUCAACCCUCCGACCCCAGAGGACCUUGUCUACAUCGACCCAAGCCCGGACUACUGCCUCCGCAACGAGACCACGGGUUCACUUGGCACGCAGGGUCGCCUCUGCAACAAAACCUCGGAGGGCAUGGACGGCUGCGAGCUCAUGUGCUGCGGCCGAGGGUACGACCAAUUCAAGACCUACAAGCACGAGCGCUGCCACUGCAAAUUCCACUGGUGCUGCUACGUUAAGUGCAAGCGCUGCACGUCGCUGGUGGACCAGUUUGUGUGUAAAUAGCAUGCCGAAAGAUGACAGAAGGAGAUGACAGAGACAGAGUGGGAGGAUGGAGAAUUUUCAGAGUUUUGUUCAGGAGAAAUGAAGACACAUUAAGCUCCGUUUUCAGCCACGUUUUUCUUUUAAAGCUCCUGGUCUCCACAGAUGAACAAACCAUUUCUUUCUUUCCAUGUUACUGGAGAACUCUGGUUCCAGUUUCCCAUCAAUUCCUGUAUGAUAUGCUGAUCAAAACCCUGAAGCAAGAAUGGGUGUUAAGAAGGACUAAAAGGACAAAUGGACCCAGAACUGGAUCCUAAAAAAAAGGGGACUCCAACGACUAGUGUGAGAAUAUGAAAGAUGAAAUAAAUAUAUAAAUAAAUAAUAAAUAAACAUACAGCUCUGAUUGUUAUUUAAAGAGGCUCAAACAAAGUUAAAAGCACAGUUGGGCCCAUGAAAGUCGUGCAUUCGGGGGAAUCCUUGCAAAUCAUCACAGCCCUUUUGGAGAUUGAGGCCAUUUGAACUUCUGACCCUGCAAGAGGAGCCCUCGCAUGCAUGAUUUGUGCUGACAUUGCUCAUACAACGCACAGAGAAGACCAGAAAUGCAGACUGGACAGACGAACAGGAGUGAGCGAAUAGAGGGGGAUAAUUGAGUUAAAGGGGAACUGUCGAACAACAAAAUGAUGUUGUAUUUUGUGCUUAUUUUGCAACAAAUUAUUGGAAAACUCAAGCAUUGGAAAAUGGUGUAAAUGCUCAAAAAAAAAAAAGUGAAAACACUUAAUGUCUCAGUCAGAAAGGGCCAGCAGACCUUUCUCUCCAUUUGUCUCUUGUGUAAUUGCUCCUGUUAGAGCAGAUUUACAGCACCUGGGAGAUGACAAGUGCGUCUGUUCCGCUUAAUGAGGCUCGCCAGUUUUCAGCCAUCUUGACAGCAGCGGCCGUUUAAACAAGCAGAUCACAUCAGCAGGUCCGACUCUACGACCUUCAUGUGACAGUGAAGUGAGUGAACCCUCCAUUAGCGGGAUUAAUGUGGCGUAUCUGCCUUAAUGAAGCCGCACUAAGAGACGCUGAGAGUGGAGCUCCCUGUCUCAUGUUAUGCAACUUGUUAAGUCAACAAAAAGCCUAAAAAGUGGUGGUAAAAAAUUAGCAUCGUAUAAUACUGUUGUACCAUGAAUUUAGCAAUUUGUUGGAGAUUAUUCUAAGUGUAAAAUGUAACAAAAACCAUCAUGAAGAGGACUGAACAUGCUGUGGAUUAAGUGAAUGUGCGAGUGUGAAAAAACAGAAAGGACUGCAGUAAAUUUGAGCUAUC